GGCCCCAAGAUCUGUUUUGUUUUGUUAUCUCACUGAGAUUGUUUGUAUGUUAUUGGUCUGUGUUGUUUGUUGUGGUGUUAAAUAAAAUCACGAUGGAGAAUUAUGAAAAUAUCUACAAUUCAAUUUGUCGUUUAUGUUUGAGUUAUAGUAACAGUAAAAAAAUGGUGCCUCUUAUUGAUAAAAACAGCCAAGACGGCCUGACUGCUUAUGCAAAAGCCGUGUCGACUUUUACCCACGUUAGCUUUUCAAAAGAUGACUGUUUCCCCAGUUAUAUGUGCUUGAAGUGUUUGUAUUUACUAAAACAAGCUAUCCGCUUCAAAUUGGUUGCUGAAUCAAGUGAUGAUUGCUUAAAAAAAUUGAAGGAUUCGGUUGGCAGUGAUGGCGAAAGUUUGAAAGAAAAAAUCAUAGAAUUUACAAUGUUAAAGUUUUAUUUUCCUAAUGAGUGUUUUAAAAGUGAGGAAACAAACCACACAAACCAGUGCAAUGACGUGAACCAUGAUAUGGGAAAAGAUAACAAAGCUAAAGAAUAUCAAAGCAGUAACAACAGCGUGGAUGAUAUGGAUGUAUUUUUGGAUAACCCCAUUCAUGAAUCAGACACUGAACAAAAUAAAUCACAUAAAAAAGAUGAAAUACUUGAUAAAAUAGAGGGCCUCAUUGGUUCACACACAUUCAAAUCACAAUUCCCAAUCACAGUACGAAGACAGUUUUACCACUUACGGCAUAGAAAGAUAAAAUGGGUAAACAAAAAGCUUUUGAGAGAACAAUAUAAACAAAACAGAAAAGAAAAGAAGCAGCAUAGAGUACAGAAAAGGAACUUUGUUUGCAAUGUUUGCAAUAGAGUAUUGGCAAACAAACACACAUAUGACUAUCAUAUGCAAAGUCAUAAGGGGUACAGGUUCAUCUGUGAAUAUUGCGGAAGAGGGUUCCCUAGCCUAUAUGAGAUUCAAAGGCAUCAGGUAACAAAACAUGGCACAGGUCCAUACCUGGAAUGUUCCCACUGCCACUUCAAAGCUCCAAGGAAAUUUGAAUUGAUUGAACAUAUACGCUUACAUACUGGUGAACGUCCAUACACUUGUGACAAAUGUGGAUUGACCUUCCGUAGACGUGCAAUAUGGAGAAAUCAUUGUUUACAUCACUCAGAUAAGAAAAUCCAAUGCCCUCAGUGUCCAAGGAAGUUCUACCAAAGAAGUGAGAUGUUAGCACAUGCAAAUAAUAUACACAAUAGAGUAUAUGUUUAUGCCUGCAGUCUCUGUGAUGUGAGAUACGCUAAAACUGCAACUGUGAGGCGGCAUAUGACCGAGCGUCAUGGUAUUCCAAGAGAGAUGCAGGGAAAAAUUAUAAGGAUUAACAAUGUGUCCAGCUAUCGGGAACAAUAGUGUCUGUAAAUAUGUCUACUUAUCAUAAUUAUGUAUGUUGGUACUAUGAGUGACAAGAUUAUUGUUUAAAGUUCUAUUUGUUAAGUGACAUAUU